GAUGGGGGAUCGUCGCUGUCUGGCAAGCAGUGAUGGUGGAGGAGGAGAGGCUGCCACACCACUACCCCCGUGCUCCUCUUCCCACUUCUGGCCUGCAUCGUGCCACGAGCAAGCUCCUGUUGCCUCCUCGUGGUUGCUCCUGGAAUCUCCCGUGGCGCUGGCAAGGGGGACUGGCCAAGCCUGCGUCGACUCCUGGCCUUAUCGGCAGUUCGAAUGGCGUCAAAAACGAACGAUCGUUGUCUCUAACCGUCGGCAAAUGCGGUCGGUUUGCGGAGAGCUCCACCCGGACAGGGAAGCGGCGGGUUCGGAGCCGGAGGUUGCCUCCGCGGGCGGGGAAGGGACCGAAACAACACCAGGGGUAGCUCUCUGGCUGAAGCCGAUAGAGAUGCUCAACUUGCUUGCUGCUACCUUUGGCUUCAGUGCUUUGCAGUGCCCUCCCGGCUUGCUUGCUCAUCAUGCUGAGCCCAACCGAGUCGUCUUUCUCGAGCCAAGUGGUACUGUGUCCUUGCAUUGCGACCUGUCCAGCGGUAUUGGAGUUGUAGUGUAGACCACCUCGCGGCUUGCAGGUCUCAGCGAGGCCUGGGCAUCCCUCAUUCGGCGGGAAUAAGCAUCAGAACGCCCAUUCCCGGCUGCCGAUCACAGCAGUUUCCGGAGGAGCAGUUGACCACGUGCUAGCUUGGUCCAUGUAGGGGCGAUCAACGCUACUG